AUGCUGUUGCUGCCAAGUGUACGUUUUUUUUGUUUAAUUCUAAAAUGAUAUGUACUAUAAGGGCCUGCAUAAAUAUGGGCCUAAAUGGAUAAAUAAGGGACCCACGAAUAGAAAAACAAAAAAAGGCGCUCAACAUAGGCCAUGUUGUAUAUCGAAUUGCUCCAUUUUUCCUCCUGAAUCCGAAUUUGAUACUUACAACCGUCCUAUUUCACUCCAAACUCCGUAAACGCUCAAAAUGCCGUUUCAAAAUGAACCGACGAUAGCCAAACAAGAAAUUUGCACAAAACAGGUCCAACUACAUAUUAAAUUGUUCCAUUUCAGGCUCUUUCACAUUAAUUCUCUUCUGAUUUUUAUUGAAAUCCCUGUCAAAAUCUAACAAAUGCCAUUUUCUGCUAAACAAGGCGCAGUACGAUGCUUCAAAAACCGGCGGGUGUCCGCCGGACCUCCAGAACCGCUAGCUGACCUAGCUGACCCUAAAUAGGCUAUGAGCGUUGUCUGAGGCACCAGCACAAAAAAGACGCCAAGCAGGGUUGCUGACGCGCUUCCGGUGACUUGGUACGCUUGCGGCAGGAUGACAAUUCAAAUCAGCGCGAAAACACUUGCAAACUCGUCGUUUUCCGCCGAAAUUGUUCCAUUUUUUCAAGAAAAUAGUGUUUCUUAACCCGGGAAAACUCAAAAUCCGGCGGAAAACCCUUUAGAAAUCGGUUGUUAAGCGGUUGUUUCCGUGUUCUCAUCAUUUUCCGGAAAUUCGCUGUCGUGCGGUUUCCAGGUCUCAUUUCUCCCCGGAUUUGCUAAAUUUGUUCAGAAAUUGCUCAAAAUAACCAUUUUCUCGUGUUUCUCCCUUAAAAACGUGAUUUUUUAGUGAAAAUCGUAUUGAUUGUGAGUUUUUCAGAUGCUGUCACUUUUGAACAGAUGGAAAUCCCAGCCGGGAGGCGCUACUAAUGCUGGUGAGUUGGAAUGUGAAAUUAACACAGCAUUAGAGUUUUACAAUUUUCAAAUUUCAGCCGCGUUCAUCCGCGUUCUCGAGUCGCCGAAGAGCUCAGUGCAGGACAAAGUGCACGUGUUGCGCGCGUUCAACGACUGGGACAUUCUGACGAACACGUGGUUCGAGGUUGCGGACGCGCUUCCAGCCAUCGAGAAGUUCCUCGAGGUGGCGACGUUCCCGGAGCACUCGGCGGCCGCGCUGCUCGUCUCGAAGGUCUAUUUCUGUCUGGAACAGUACGACCGCGCGCUGGAGUUCGCCCUGCGCGGCCAGUUCAACGUGGUGCCGGCGGCGCGCGUCGGGCUCGGAAACGACGCCGAGUACGUGAAUAAGGUGAUCGAGACGGCCGUCGACACGUACAAGUCGCUGAGCGCGCAGAACCUCGUCGUGUCGGCCAAACUCCGCGAGCUCAUCGACAAAAUUGUCUCCCGCAAUCUGGACAAGCACGAGAUCUGGUACGUCAUCUCGCUCGGAUUCGAAACCAACAAUUUGGCGAUGAUCGAGCGAGCGAUCGCUGCGCUUCCCGAGGAUUUGAGCGUCAAAAGUCAAGGUAAGACUGGGCCAUGACACUUUUACAGCUUUUUAGCGAAAAGUUCAAUGAAAAUUUGGUGGUUUUUGAGCAGAAGGCUUUCCUGCUGAAAAGUGACGAUUUUCGACUUCUUUCGCCGUGUUUUUAAUCAUGCACAUCAGAAAACGCGCAACUUUUUCAGUGGUCCUCAUCGAAACGCUGAACCGCGUGGCGAACGGCGCCUUCGACCGCACGUUCCGCUUUAAUGUGAUUGAUACUGUCGUCAAAACGUACCUCAGAUGCCCGUCGCCGGAUAUGUCCAAGAUUUGUGAGGUAAAAACUUGUUUUGUACACGAAAACAGCAAACUUUAAACUUCCUCGUUUUUUCAGUGCUAUGUGCUGACGGACAACGCAAACGCGACGGCCGACGCGAUCACGACGCUCGUCUCGAAAGGACAGCACAGCCGCGCCUAUCAAAUCGCGUUCGAUUUGUACGAAACGGCGAGCCAGGGCUUCCUGAACCGCGUCCUUCAGCGAUUCCGCACUCAGGAGGAGGACAAGACGAGGGACCCGGUGCCCAUGGAACGGAUCCACUCGAUCCUGAACGGACACGAGACGGUCAAGGCGUAUUUGGACUUUUUCGUCCGGCACAACCACACGGACUCGGGGCUGAUGGAGGAGAUCAAGGAUAACAUUCGGACGGCGUCGGCGCACAACGCACUGCUCAUCGCAAACGGUCUGAUGCAGUACGGCACGACGUGCGACGAUUUUCUGCGCAACAAUCUCUCGUGGGUGUCGAAGGCGACGAACUGGAACAAGUUCAACGCGGUCGCCUCGCUCGGUCUGGUGCAUCACGGACAGGAGACGUCGGCGCUGAAGGUGCUCGAUCCGUACCUGCCGAAAGAGUCGGUCGAAGGAUUCGGGUUCAAAGAGGGCGGCGCCAUGCUCGCCUACGGACUGAUCCACGCGAAACACGGCGACGCGACGGCGAUGAGCACGCUGGCGCAGUGGCUGAAGACGGCCGAGAACGAGCCGGUGCGGCACGGAGCCUGUCUCGGGUUCGGAGUCGCCGGAUUGGGAUCCGCAUCGCAGCAGAACUACGAGCGUGUCAGGGAAGUGCUGCAGAGAGACGAAGCCGUCUCCGGAGAAUCGGCUGGAAUCGCGAUGGGACUCAUUAUGGCCGGCAAUCUGAGUGCGGACGUGUUCAACGAGCUGAAGCAGUACACGGUCGAUACGCAGCACGACAAGACGCAACGAGGCAUCCGGACGGGACUCGCGUGCGCCGCCUUCGGACUCCAAUCCGACGCGGAGCCGUUCGUCGCAGAGGCUCUCCGCGCGAAAAGCAACCCGAUGCUCCGUUCGACGGGCAUCUGCAUGCUCGCGAUGGCCUACGCCGGCACCGGAUCCCCCGAAGUCGUGCGUCGUUUGCUCGAAAAAGUGGCGACCGACCCGAACCUCGAUGUGAAGCGCUACGCGACGAUCGGCAUCGGAUUCGUACUGUCGCGCGACCAGUCGAUGUGUCUGCAGUACGUGUCGAUGCUCACCGAGCACUUCAACGGACACGUCCGCUACGGAGCGGCGAUGGCGUUGGCGAUCGCGUGCGCCGGAAGCGGAAACAUGGAGGCGAUCGCGCUGAUCGAACCGAUGAUAUCCGACAAGGAGGGAUUCGUGCGGAAGGGAGCUCUGCUCGCGUUGGCACUCAUCAUGUGCCAGCAGACGGACUACUCGUGUCCCAAAGUCAACGGAUUCCGCAAGCAGCUACUCAAAAAGGUGAGAAAAUUGAAGCGAAACGGCGGAUUUUGACUGGAAAACCCAUAAUUUUUGUUGCAGAUUGGCGAGAAGAACGAGGAUUCGCUGGUGAAGUUCGGCGCGAUCAUCGCCCAAGGCCUCCUCGAUAUUGGCGGACAGAACGCGGCGGUGCUGAUGCACAAUGCGGACGGGCAGCCGGACAUGGGCUCGAUGGUCGGAAUGAUGUGCUUCCUGCACGGCUGGUUCUGGCACUCGAUGCACUUUUUCGUGUCGCUCGCCGCGAAGCCCUCGUGUCUCGUGACGGUCAACCAGAACCUGAAGAUUCCGGUGCUCGAGUACACGUGCAUGGCCAGCAGCCACAAGUUUGCCUAUCCGCCGAAAACCGAGUCGAAGAAGGACAAGGAUGUGAAGAAGGUUGGAAAUUCGGCUUUUUUUGGACAAUUUUAGACAGAAUUCUACUUUUAUCCACUUUUAUCUGCGAGAAAUGCAAAUGCAACUCUAAUUAAUUGCAGGUGGAGACGGUGGUGCUGUCGAUUACGGGCAAAAAGAGCGCUCAGAAGAAGCAGGCGGCGCUGGAGGAGAAGAGACGACGAGACAUGGCCGCGUUCGAGCAGAAGUUCCAGGCGGCGAGCGAGAGUGUGCAGAAGCACGAGAAGGCGGUCGCGUCGGCCGCGGCGGCCGCUUCCGGAGGCACUUUCACGUUCACGCCGCCGCCGAUCAACACGGCCGCACUGAAUGCACUCAAACCCGCCCUUCUGGCCAGCAUCGAACGGACCGAGAAGGCGGCGGCCGAAGGAACCACCGCGGUCGACGCGGAUCCGGCGAAAAAGUGAGCAUUUUCAGGGUUUAUAGUUAUAGGGAAAUGGCGCUACAACGCAAUGAAAAUGUACGGAACAGAACUGCCAUUGACAUCAAUAUUAUCAAUUGAGAUGGGAAACAGAGUUGAGAUAAAAAAUUUGAACCUUUGCUUCCCGGUCCCUGAUAAAUGUGCGCAAAGUUGCAGGCCAAAGACGGAGCGCCCGACGCAUCGUCUCCAAAAUCCGGCACGUGUCAUUCCGUCGCAGAGAAUGUACAUGGCGCUGGCCGAUCAGAAGUCGUACAAUCCGAUGAAAUCGCUCACGAAAGGAGGCAUCGUCGUCGCCGAGCGUAUCGAUAAGGAGAAGGAGGAGGUGUUCGUCGCCGAGGUACUUUUAUUUUACGGGAUUUUUUUACGGGAAAAACGGAAACAUUUCAAUUUAAAUUUGAAUUUCAGGUGGUGACGAAAGUGCAGACGGUGGCCGGAACAUCGAACGUGGAGCUGAAGGCGCACUCGACAUUCGAGAUCAACAUCAACGACUACUAA